GAAUGCCAAGCGGAGGACGGGGCUAAAGAGCGUGUGUUUUACCUCAGGUCGGUUCGCGGAGCUCCAGAUUUGAUUUUAAACGCGUUCUCCGGCUGGCGCUCCUCCUCCUCAGCCUGAAUGGUUUGGCAGUCCCUGCGUAGGAAAGCAGCUCAGUCGUCAUCGGCAGCUCUUGAAUGGCGAUUCUCCGCCUCGCGACUUUAUGGUAGUUGAAGUUCAAGACCUUGCGGGCGCUGUUGCUUCCCUGCCUGAGUGGGAGCAAGAGGACUACACUUCCCAGAGGCCUCCGAGGACUGCCAGUCGGUGAGGGGGCGGUGCCUCACGUCUGGUACAGUCAUCCCAAGCUGCUUUGGUGGGACUGUAAUGGCCGGAGAGAUGACGAUUUUAGGAUCAGCUGUUUUGACUCUGCUGUUGGCUGGCUAUUUGGCACAACAGUAUUUACCAUUGCCUACUCCUAAAGUGAUUGGCAUCGACCUUGGCACCACCUAUUGCUCUGUUGGGGUGUUUUUUCCUGGCACAGGAACAGUCAAGGUGAUUCCAGAUGAGAAUGGACACCUGAGCAUCCCCAGCAUGGUGUCCUUCACUGACAGUGACGUGUAUGUGGGCUAUGAAAGCCUCGAGUUGGCAGAUUCAAAUCCUCAGAACACAAUCUAUGAUGCCAAAAGGUUCAUAGGCAAGGUGUUUACACCAGAAGAGCUGGAGGCUGAAGUUGGCAGAUACCCAUUUAAGGUUUUAAACAAAAAUGGGAUGAUUGAAUUUUUGGUAACCAGUAAUGAGACCAUCGGUGUUACCCCUGAAUAUGUUGGCUCUCGCCUGUUGUUGAAAUUAAAGAAAAUGGCUGAAGAAUAUCUUGGAAUGCCAGUUGCCAAUGCAGUCAUUUCUGUACCAGCAGAAUUUGAUCUAAAACAGAGAAACUCUACAAUUGAAGCUGCUAACCUUGCAGGGCUGAAGAUCUUGAGGGUCAUCAAUGAGCCCACAGCAGCAGCCAUGGCCUAUGGCCUCCACAAGGUGGAGGUCUUCCAUGUCUUGGUGAUAGACUUGGGUGGAGGGACUCUGGAUGUGUCAUUACUGAAUAAACAAGGAGGGAUGUUUCUUACCCGAGCGAUGUCUGGAAACAAUAAACUUGGAGGACAGGACUUCAAUCAGAGAUUGCUUCAGUACUUAUAUACACAGAUCUAUCAAAAGUUUGGUUUCUACCCUUCUAAGAAAGAGGAAAUUCACAGAUUAAGACAAGCUGUGGAAAUGGUCAAAUUAAAUCUGACUCUUCAUCCGUCUGCUCAGAUAUCAGUGUUACUGACAGUGGAGGAACAGGACGGUAAAGAUCCCCAGGCCCCUGAGACUGAAGCACCAGGGGACAGAGGCUCCCCAGCAGGGGGACAGCAGCUCAACAGUGUGCCUGGACCUGGCCUUUCUGAAAAGGACAGUGGCAAAAGACAGGUUUUGUUUGAAGCAGAAAUAUCACGGAAGCUCUUUGAUAGCCUUAAUGAAGAUCUCUUCCAGAAAAUCCUCGUGCCCAUUCAGCAGGUGUUGAAAGAAGGACACCUGGAAAAGACUGAGAUCGAUGAGGUCGUUUUAGUUGGGGGCUCUACUCGUAUUCCACGGAUCCGCCAAGUCAUUCAGGAGUUUUUUGGAAAGGAUCCCAACACAUCCGUAGACCCUGACCUGGCAGUGGUGACCGGGGUGGCUAUCCAAGCAGGCAUUGACGGAGGCUCUUGGCCUCUGCAAGUCAGUGCUUUAGAAAUCCCCAAUAAGCAUUUACAAAAAACCAAUUUCAACUGAGUUGUGGAAAACAGGUGAUUGUUGUCGGAUAACCUCUUCCCUUUUAUCAGGCCACUGCCUCCAAAAGAGAAAGUCAUCUGUUUUCUCUCACAAAUUGACCUAGAAAGCUGCAUCUCAACAGAGAAAAGCUUCAUGUAGCAUUCUAUUGUAGGAUUAAAUGUGACCAGAUUGAUACUAUUUGAUUUUGGAGAGCUCCCAUUAUAUCAGAGAAUUCUAAAAUGAGAACUAAGAUAAAACCCUCUUAGGGGAGGAGUAUGGUUGGUGACUAUAUUUUCUGGGUUCAUGAAUUGACAACCAUAUGCACUUAACAUUAUAUUCUGUAAAUGUUAAAUAGUGCCAAUUAUAAUAAGAUUCCCAGCUCUUACUAGAUUGUAUUAGUAGGAGCUGGAAAUUUCUUUACUUGGUUAUUACAUCUAUCUUUGAAAUAUACUUGAAGGACAGUGUUGAUGUCAGGUAUUUAUCUAGGACAUAGCAGUGUUAUCAAGAUAAACUGCAAACAUCACCUUCAGUAAUUGCCAUGUUAUAUUUCAGUGACUUUCAUAACUAUAGUCCCAAAUGUGUCAUAUUUUCAUAAUCUGCACACUCCAAAUUUUUAAAGUUUAUCUAACUGAUUGGUUUAUUUUCUAAGAUGGCUUUAGGUUUAUCCAGGGAUUUCUAUUCCAUAUGGAAUACCCAAUUUAUUUUCUGGUACCUUCACCAACUGUAUGUCACUCUGCUUGAAUUUUCAUGAUUCUGUGUGAUGUUGGAAAACAACAGGAACUUAUUAAUUGCGUUUUAGGAUUAACAUUUUAAAAUAUGUUCAUGUUACAAUAAAGCCAUCAUUACUGUCUCACUUUUGUUACCCACCAUCUUUGCAAUUGUUAAAUAGCAUUAUUUACUCAUGUUUUAGGUUUCAUGUAUAUUUUCAAAAGCCCUAAGGAACACAGCAAUUAUUUGAGUCAUCAAAUGAUAUUUCUUCAAAUUUCGUGGACAUAUUCUCCCAUUAUUUUUAAUGACCAAAUGCACCUAAUUGUAUUAGUCUGAUUAUUAUUUUUCACUGUUAUUUGUACUUUUUUUUUAAUUGGCCACUUGAAGCCAGAAGAUGGUUGAGUAAGGAGAGAGAAUAUUUGUGAAUACUGAAGUAAG